CAGACGCGAGCCUUCUAUACUUUUGUUCUUGUUGUAUCGAAUAAUUUAUCAUCGUUGGUAUAAAUAACAAUUAAGAGCCACAACGUCUCUGUAGGCCAGCAUAUCCACAGUACACGUUCCCGCGCCACAGAGUAAACAAAACGAAGGAAGAUCACGACGAUCGACUACAGCAAAUUAUUAAAGCUGAAAAAAUAUUUCAGAUCGUAAACGACUUCGCGUCGUACGUAAGUGUGCAGAAAAAUGGUCCGGUCCAAAAUUUUGGAAAAAUUGACGAACUUACUAGAAAAUUUAAAUUUGGAGAGCGAAAGCGACCGAUGGGAAUUUCUCUGUCAACUUGAAGAUUUAAUCAGCAAAUGGAAGAGUCAACCUCUGAGUCUUCGAGAAAUUUGUCGGCCCGAAGACAUUGAGCGUCUUCUCUGGGAUUCCAUAUAUUAUAAGCAAAUCAAUCGAAAGGCCAAAUUCAUCCGUUUCGUGGCUCGGGGCGGCUACAAAAACGAGCCCAAUGUCGAUGCAGACGGCAACCCACUGGUGCAGCGCACCACACCGUUGCAUCGCGCGGCCGCCAACGAAAACCUUGACGAUAAGAUCGCCGUCCUCAAUGACCUCUUUGAGAUUUACAACAACGUGAAUUACAUCAACGAGGCCGGCCUUACGCACUUCCAGGUGGCCUGCAAUUAUGGCUGCGACGUCGCUGUCCAGAAGUUUCUCGAGUUCGGCCAGGAUCCCAGUGGCCCCUUCAUAGAAAACGGCGAUUCGCUGCUGCACGUGGCUAUGAAGCAGGGGCACGCGAAGGUGGCCGAAGCGCUGCUGAGAAAAGGCGCGAACCCGAACGUGACCAACCGCCAGGCACAGACACCUCUGCACAUUGCUUGCGCGAGGAAAGAAAAUGCUUAUGCCUUGUCGAAGUUGUUAUUGAACAUCUGCUACGACAUGGAGACACGGGUGGAUGUCGAUGCCCAAGACAUGAACCGUUGCACGCCGUUACACCUGGCUCUGCUUAAAGAUGAUAGAAAAACGGCCCAAUUACUGCUGAGAAGAGUCGCCAAUCCCAAUUUAACCAACGCGAGAGGAACGACAGCUUUGCACCUUAUUUGCAACGCGAGCGGAGACGACGAGGGCUUGCUGAAAACGUUGCUCGCUGUCAACGAAGUGCACAAUCGCAAUGUGCUCAUCAAUGCACCGGACACGGGCGGCCGGACAGCGCUGCAUUUCGCUCUCUUUCGCAACAACAAGAAAUUGGUAAAGUUACUGCUGAAAAAUGGCGCCGAUCCGACCAUGAUCGACAAGGAGGGAUGGACGACUCUGCACAUCCUCUGCGAGAAAAAGAACGACGGCGACGAGUUGCUCAAGACGUUGUUCGAACUCACCGACAGCCAGCGUCAGCUUGCGCAGAUCAACAUCGUCAACAGAUCGGGCAGCGCGCCGUUGCACUUGGCCGCGCACAACUGCAAUCGGAAAAUGUGCAAUUUUCUGCUGAAAAACGGCGCCAAUCCAAACAAAACCAAUGAAAACGGACUGACUCCUCUGCACAUUAUUAGCCAGAAAUGCCUCAAUGGCGACCUGACCCUCAAGCGAUUCUUCAAGAUGUGCGACAAAUAUAAGCGAACCGAUAUGGAAUUCGAUGCCGAAAUAGAAGUCGAUACGGCUGACAAAGAGGGUAACACGCCGUUGCACUUCGCCAUCCUCUACAACAACAAGGAGGCGACCAAGACGCUGCUGAGAAGAGGCGCCAAUCACCAAGCGGCCAACAAGGAGGGAUCGACUCCUUUGCACUUGAUCAGCAGCAUAAGCAAUUGCGUCGAAUUGAUGGACACAUUGUUCAAGGAAGUGCGAAGGAGGGUGGACGUCGACGCCCAGGACAGUAAGGGUAAUACAGCGUUGCACCUCGCCAUGCUUCACAACAACGAGAAAGCGACGGAAUUGCUGCUGAGAAGAGGUGCUUGUCCCUUUUCGACCAACGCGGAGGGAUCGACUCCGCUGCACUUGAUUUGCAACGGUGGACCCGAUAAUAUUACAUUGUUGAGGACAUUCUUCAAUGUCAAUCAGGAGCAGGGUUGUCCGGUGUUGAUCGACUUACGGGACAAGCGGCGCCGGACACCGUUGCAAUUGGCCGUGGCGAAUUGCAUGCCGAACGCGGUCCAUGCACUCUUGUAUCACGGUGCUAAUCUGGCCAACUACGUCUUUGUCGCUCCUCUCCGCUACAGUACGGUACAAAGGAACCACGAAAGCAGACACAAUUAUAAAUUGAGGCUAGCGUCUGGCAUUAUGGCCAUCGCCGAGAGUCUCGAGAAAAAAGGAUACGUGUUUGAACGUAGCGACGCCCUCGCGAUAAUGGAAGUGUUCGUUGAGCACGAAAUAUUCGAGAGUUCGGCGGUCGCCGUGAAACGUUUGUGCGCGGACGAGAGCUUCGCAAGCCAGGCGCAAAAAAUAAUGAUCAGUGCGGGCUGGCCGCUCCACAAGUUGAUCCAAUUGGAGCCCGACAAGGCGGCAGGAUUACACACUCACGCGGAGUACCACAAGUUCGCCAGUUCGGAAAAAUUGAGUCGAUUCCUCGAGGCGCGUCACGAGGAGGUUUGCGCUCUGCGUAUGUGCGAGACGACGACGAGAAGAUUUUUCCUGCGUUGGGCCCUGGAAUGUUUCAUGGAACUGACGAAAAAUCGACUGCCGACCGAGUGCAGCGAAAUGGUCAUCAAGAAUUUAACGAACCAAGAUUUAUAUAAAAUUUGCUUGGCCUGUUCAGGGAAGUGACAGCGAUAAACAUAUUUGCAAUAUUUUCUAUAUCUCAUAUAAAAUUUUUUAUAUUCUUCAUAUUCUAAAACAUAUUCCAUGAAUAUAUAGUCAAAGUAUAUAUAUUCCAUUCAAAUAAAUAAAUGUAAAAAGUGAGUUUUUAUGUUUCUAUUGACAAGCACA